GUCCUCGCCUGCAGCAUCCGUAGCCGCGAAUGUCAACCUCUCUACCACGGGCUUAAACACGUUUCCCCAUGACUGACCCAACAAGCACCAAAACAGACCUUUUGGAGCAGCGAUUAGAUUCUCUGGAGCGAGAGCUUCGGUCCGAGAUUCAGGAGCUGCGGGCCUCAAUUGUGAGAAGCCCGGAGAGCAACCGAAUCCGCCUACGUGCACAAUCCUCCUCGCCAGCCCCACUGGUGGGCUUCUCACAACAGGAAGCUGUACCUUCGACAUCAUGUGACGACGAGACGUUGGAUAUCACCCCGAACAACAUUCCUGCGGAGACUGAAUGGAGCGAGUUAUAUGCAUUCUUCGUCGAAAAUUGCCGUGAUUUGAUCGCUGUCAUAGAUGAUCAACUAUGUUCAACUGAGGAGACCGUGAAGCACAACCCGUUAAUGUCGGCCGUGAUAAGCGCCAUCGCAUCAAAGGCUAUCAAGCCUGAAAGACAUCAUUAUUAUGCUUCGCGAGCCGAUCAACUGAUAAAGGGCACUUUCCAAGGACCAUUACCUGAUAUAUUAAGCGUGAAUGCGAUGAUGAUAUUCGCGGCUUGGGCAGGCAGAACACGGCUUUAUGGGUACAUCGCCUCAAUAUGCACCGAGCUUCAGCUACACGAGGAUGCUAUGAUCUUGAGCGACCCAUCUACUAUUCACACACCUGAGCUUGUUGCGCGUGCCAGGUGCUGGCUCACACUAUGCUGCUUAAACUUACAAACCAAUCUCAGCAGACCUUUCAUGUUCAACGAAAUGAGAGACUGCCUGUGUUAUUCUACGAGCCUCCUCACGUCUCCAUUUCGUCGCCCUGUGGAUGACCGGAUUUGUACGUACAUCGAAGGCUUCAGAAUAACGGCCGAUCUUACAGCAAAAUUGAAGAAUUCUCAAUUAAAAUCCCGACCCUUGUUGCCUGAGGUUGCCGCACUUCUCACAUUCGCAGACCAAGAUGUCGAAAAAUGGUUUCACACUACGAACAACAGACUUCAUCCGCUCUACCAAACAUUCUCGGAUAGACAAGAUCGAAACCGGCUUCUUCUACCGUUCUGUUUCAUGAAACUAUACAUCAACGGCUUGGUACUCCAAGGACUAGAAUUACCUCAUGAUUUGGACUCCGACCCAGCUCGGAUAGAGUAUAUACAAAGGGCCUUCGAGACCGCCUGUCUUAUAAUUCGGUCUCAAUUUGACUCGACACGCCUUAGGAAGUCCUUUAAAUUCGCGAUGGACUACAUUGCUAUACCGACCAAUUACGCUAUCAGUUUCAUUUUGAAGAUCUUGCCUCUAGCUCAUAUGCAUGUUGACUGCAAAAAGGCCCUCAUUAGGUUGCGACAGGCUGCCGAGAUCUUUGAGGAAGCAGGUGCCUUAGAAACAGCCAGUGAGAUCCUGCGGAAUGUUGACAGGAUGGCUUUCCUACCGCAACCACAUGGAAAUUCCGGAGUAUCUGACAACUCAGUGGGUGAGAUCUCACAGAAUGCGCUGUUCGAUAUUCCAGGUCUCCUUGCCGAGAUGACAUGGGAUAAUGGGUUUCCUGCUAUGGGAACGUUCUCUUCUGCUUGAAAAGCCCGAGGUGCUCAGAAACA